UGCUAGGAAGUGAUGCAUUGACUCCCAGGUGUCAUGUCCGUUCUGCACUAUACUAAGCAUGGCGGCGGCGUGGCUUUUCAGGACAUCUCUGGAUUAAUCGGCAGGACACAGCCCCGUUGCAGUCCCACGAUGGCCGGGCCGGAAGACAGCAAGCUCCGAGGGCUGCAGUUCGCUGAGCGGCAGUUGCUGCGGCACGGCUGGGAGCAGGGGAAAGGUCUUGGCAAAAGAGAGAAUGGGAUUUCCGAAGCCAUCAAAGUGAAAGUGAAAUGCGACAAAUCAGGGGUCGGGCAUCGUGAAGGAGAGCAGUUCACAUUUCACUGGUGGGACCACGUCUUCAAUAAAGCCUCUUCCAACCUUGCUGUGGAGGCCAGUGAGGGGGGCGUACAGUUGAAGAAGCUGGCCGAGGAAAAGGGGGGAAUCACCAAUAAGAAGCCGCGGAGUGCUGAGCUAGGCAAGGCCAAGCUGUAUGGGCGAUUCGUCAAGUCAGCGACGCUGUUGUCGGGCGGAGAGCAGGUGGAGGAGAGAGCCGUGGACUCGGGGAGCAGCGACAGUGACAGCAGCGACGAGGAUGAGAAGCUGGACCUGUCCUCCUGCACCCGGUUAUCGGAUGCAGAUCUGGUGAAAGCGUGUGGGGGGCGCACGGCUCACAAAGGUGCCCGUCACGGCUUCAAGAUGAGCGCCAAGCUGGCCCGGCUGGAGGAGCAGGAGAGAGAGUUCCUGGCUAAAUACAGAGAGAAGAACCAGGAGCCAAGCAAACCCACCACCACAGAGGCUGCCGGAGCACACCGCCAGAGACACGGCAAACGGGACAAGAACAGCUGCAGGGAAAGAGACGUUCCCACUCCCGACUCGGGAGGAGAGCCCGAGGACGGGAACGCAGAGACCAGAGAGAAGGGACUGUCGAAAAAGAAGAAAAAGAAACGGGCAAAGACUCCGGAAGAGGAAUUCCAGGGAGGCGCUGAGGAACCAGGGGAAGAAGGGAUGAUGAAAAAGAAACGAAAGAGAGAACAGGAGAAAGAAGCACUGCAGGAAGAAACGACGCCGCAGGAUUCUGAGAGGAAACCGAAAAAGAAGAGGAGGAGGAGCAAGGCAGUGGCACACGAAUGACCUGCUCUUGAGAGAGUCAGAACCAAGCAGCUGGAAAACACAAACAUUCAACUGAAGCCUCCUGUUUCCAGGUCAAGUCCAUUUUCCUGGCCGUACACAAUAAGUCCACUUCCUUCCUGUGUUACAGGUUAUGGGACCCCACGUUAGCCUCACAUUCACAUUGUGCGCUGUAUGUAAAACACAGCUGUGUGUGGUCCUAGUACCUGCAAUAUGGGGUCCUUGCUUCCAUUAAACUCAUCACGUAGUCCAAGGUAGGCCAUGAUUAGUGUGGCUUGAAUCACAGCGAAAACAAAAAUGCCAAACAGUAAGGGCCUGCGUGUUCCCAGGGGGAAGAAGAUUAAAAGCCGUGGUGUUACACUUUGAAAAAUAAAUAGUAAAAAAAAACAGACUGUCUCCAGAAAUAACAGCAAGGAAUUCACAAAGGAGUCUGAAAAGCCAUGCUGGUUCCCAAAGUGUUUAACGCUGAGAUCCCUCUGCAGGGCAAGCAGUGGAAGCAUCUCCUCCUGCACUGAAGCUCCGUGUGUAGCGACUCCAGUGAUUGUUAUAGCAUGAAACUGGAAGGGAUACUUACUUUUUCAAUUACACUUUGACCUGAAACAGCAGUGGCACCUUUUCUUGAGAUCGACAGCACAGUAGCCAGGCAGAGAGAUUCAAUAAAGACGACUUUUAUAAAACAAUCUCUUCUCUCUGUUUUACAUGUCAAAGUUCACUAUUGCGUUUUUGGAAAUUGAAACAUUCAUUAAUAUCAGUAAAAUAGGAGAGAGAAAGCUUUUUAAAAGAUGAAUUUUUUUAAGACAAACAAUCUGGUUCUGCUAGUGACACCAGCUGUCUCUUGCAUCCAUUCUUUAUGAAAUGUAAAUCAAUUGUAAAUGAUGUGCUUUUUAAAGAUUUGUCAGGAACACGAAGACUGAAGCUGUACAGUCCUGUGUUUGCAAUGUAUGAUGAUUGUCU